GCCACUCUGACGAAGCUCCGCUGGAACCAGCAUAUCGACCCCCCAAUAUCGACGUCAAAGUGCCAGAACCGCAACCUCAUCUUCCACAGCAUUGACCUGCCACCGGAUUGCACUCUGUGGCCUUGAGCGAAAAGGAUUGUUUAGAUUUCAAUUUUCACAGCAAAUAAUCAAAGGCCAUGGCGUCUGGUUACGACAGAGCUCUGUCGGUCUUCAGCCCCGACGGACACGUCUUCCAGGUUGAAUAUGCCGGCGAAGCUGUGAAGAGAGGCACAUGCGCUGUUGGCGUCAAAGGCAAGGACGUGGUUGUGCUAGGAUGCGAGAAGAGGUCUGCGAUGAAGCUUCAAGACACACGAAUUACGCCCUCCAAGAUCCAAGUCUUGGAUCACCAUGUCGCUCUGGCCUUCGCCGGCCUGAAUGCAGAUGCCCGAAUCCUCGUCGACAAGGCACGAUUAGAAGCCCAAUCCCACCGAUUGUCGGUUGAAGACCCCGUUACGAUCGAGUACAUCACAAAAUACGUUGCCGGUGUGCAGCAGCGCUAUACACAAGCUGGAGGUGUCCGGCCAUUCGGUAUCAGCACCCUGGUGGUUGGUUUUGACAAUGGCAGCCAGGUGCCUAGACUGUACCAGACAGAGCCUUCUGGCAUCUACUCAGCCUGGAAGGCAAAUGCUAUUGGUCGCUCAAGCAAGACGGUUCGAGAGUUCCUGGAGCGAAACUAUAAGGAGGAUAUGGAUAGACAGACCACCAUCAGACUGGCGAUCAAGUCUCUCCUCGAAGUGGUCCAGACAGGUGCGAAGAACAUUGAGAUUGCCCUCAUGGCCCCCGGCGCGUCUAUGGAGCUGCUGCCGACGGACGAGAUUGAGGGCUACGUGAAGGAGAUUGAGCAAGAGAAGCAGGAGGAGGCUGCUAAGAAGAAGACGGGACGGACACCAGGCACUGGAAGCGCUGCUAUCCUGACGAGAAGCGGCGAUGACUCUGCCGCUGAAUAAAGAAUAAAUGGAACUUGGUAUUUAUUGGAAUGCAAACAAACUUAGAGCGCAGACGAUGCUGUAUCAACGUAUGCAAAUCUGAACAUGGGAUGCCGUAAACAAAAUCGCACCCUGUCUUGGGGGGGGGGGGGGGGGAAC